AUGGGAGACAACGGCGACGAUUCCGACUCGGAUUUGCCGAGCCUCGUAAGCGAGAGCGAUGUGGAGGUGCAUGCGGGGGAGGCGGAGGUGAAGGACGAAGGUAAGGAGAGCGACGAUGACGCUGGUGGUGCCGGCGAGGAGAAAAGCUACGAGUUCACUCAUGAAGAAUAUUACGAGGACAUAUAUGGCGACUUUGACGAAGAAGAAGACGACGAUGACGACGACGACGACGACGAUGGCGAAGAUCUUGACGACGAGGAGGAUUUCUGGGAAAGCGAGAGGGCCCGUGGUGGCGACGGUGCGAAGAUGCUUCGCGGUCUCGGCGAACCCAAGGUUGGCGACCAGCGCGCCGGGAAGAACGCCGGCAAGAGCGCCGGCAGCGGCGGCGGCGGAGAUUCGGGCGCUGCAGGCGCGCCGGGGCUGCGGAAGGGGUUUCUGAACCAUGCGCCGGUGGUUUCGGAUGAGGAGGAGGAGGAGGAGGACGCGGGUAAGGUCAAGGACGCGGGGUCUAUGUCGGGUCUGCGCCCGGGGUUCCUGAACGGCGCAAACGUUGAGGAGGAGGAGGAGGUUGUCAAGAGUGGCGGCACAAAGGGGGAAGGAGGGAAAGGUGGGAAAGGGGGGAAGAAGAAGAAGAAGAAGAAGAAGAAGAAGGGGGGUAAGGGGGAGAAGGGAGGGGAUGGGAAGGCGAGUGGUGCGCGGGGCAAGACACCCGGUGACGGCGGCGGGGAGUUAGGUGCAGAAUCGGAUGAUGACGAGGAUGGCGAGGAGGGUGAGGAUGGCGAGGAGGAGGACGAAGACGGCGUCCACGUGGACGGGCACGUGUUUGGGCAUAACACCGACAAGCGCGCUCACUACCCCUACGAGCACCACGAGCAGCACAAACAGCACAGAAACCAUCCUAAUUUCUCCAGCAUCCCGGAUUUCUGCGGCUGUCCCUUCUGCACCUCCUCCUUUUUCGGCUUCCCAGGGCAACCGGUUAGUCCGCGCGACCACAGCCGCAGGGAGGCGAGUCGGAUGAAGGGGGAGUGGGAAGAAGCGGAGCGGGAGCGCGUGCGCGUGAGGCGCCGGGAGCGGGCGGUGGCGCGGCGGAAGCGGGAGGCGGAGGAGCGCGAGCAGGCGAAGGCACGCGCGGCGGAGCGCCAGGCGAGGAAGGAGGCGGAGGCGGAGCGGCGCAGGCGGGAAGAGGAGGAGAGGAAGGUGCGCGGAACGGUGGUGGCGGAGGAGCUGGCGGAAGCGCGGCGGCUGGAACGGGAGCGCGAGCUGGCGGAACUCAAGGGCGCGGCGGGGGCGACGGCGGAGGAGGAACGCGCGGACGAAGUCGUGGGGCGCUGCUGCGCGGGGCAGGGCUCUGCGUCCGCGGAUGCGGGCGGCAAGGCGGGGGGGAGCGGGGCGGGCGGAGAAGGGGGGAGCGCGGGGUGUCGAUGCCCUGGGGGGAAGCCGCCUGUGGUGUGGGCGCAGAGGCGCAUGAGUGUGAGGUGUAGCGAGGGGUGCAAGGUGGUGUGGCACUACGAGUGCUGGCAGAGCUGCAAGCGCGAGGGGGCGCGCGGCGAGUGGAAGGCGGGCGAGCUGUGCCCCACACCGGGUGAGGAAAGGGGGGGAAGACGGCGGGGGAUACGGGAAGGAUGGGGGAGGGGGACGGGGAAAGGGGAAGGAGGGGGCAUGGGGAAGGGGGAGAGGUGGGGGCGGCGGGAAUUGGACGGAGCACAGGUGGCAGGUGCAGUGGCAGCAGAGGCAGCAGAGGCGAAGGCUGGGGAGGCCGUGAAAGGAGGGGCAGCAGAAGGGAAGGAGGGGGGGGCGGCAGUGGAGGGGGUGGGUGAUGGUAGUGCUGCUGCAAAGAGCGGUGGUGGAGCAGGGGAAGGGCCGUCGGCCCAGAAAGUCACUCCAGUGUGGGCGGAAGAGGACUGUGAGAGUCUGACCAUGCAGGUGUACAAGAAGGGGGGCAGUGAUGGGGAGGAGGAGGGGGAGGAGAAGUCCAAGAAGGUCAUCAAGGCACAGGCGAAGGUAAGUACGGGGGGGGGGAAGCAGGGAGCAGGGGAGCAGGGAGCAGGGAGCAGGGGAGCAGGGAGCAGGGGAGCAGGGAGCAGGGGAGCAGGGAGCAGGGGAGCAGGGGAGCAGGGAGCAGGGAGCAGGGGAGCAGGGAGCAGGGAGCAGGGGAGCAGGGAGUAG